AUGUGCUCUACUGGAUGUUGCUCCACCGGGUGCUGCUCCAUUGUGAAGAGCAAAACAGUGUGCUGCAGCCAGCCGUGCCAGAAGACCGUCUGCUGCGAGCCGUGCCAGAAGACCAUCUGCUGCGAGCCAUGCCAGACAAGCGUCUGCUGCAGCCCAUGCCAGCAGUCCUGCUGCUGCGACCCGUGCCAGAAGCCCUGCUGUGACCCGUGCCAGAAGCCCUGCUGUGACCCGUGCCAGACAACUGUCUGCUGUGACCCGUGCCAGAAGCCCUGCUGCGACCCAUGCCAGAAGCCCUGCUGUGACCCAUGCCAGCAGUCUGUCUGCUGCGACCCGUGCCAGAAGCCCUGCUGUGACCCGUGCCAGAAGCCCUGCUGUGACCCGUGCCAGACAACUGUCUGCUGCGACCCGUGCCAGAAGCCCUGCUGCGACCCAUGCCAGAAGCCCUGCUGCGACCCAUGCCAGACAACUGUCUGCUGCGACCCGUGCCAGAAGCCCUGCUGCGACCCAUGCCAGAAGCCCUGCUGCGACCCGUGCCAGACAACUGUCUGCUGCGACCCGUGCCAGAAGCCCUGCUGCGACCCAUGCCAGAAGCCCUGCUGUGACCCGUGCCAGACAACUGUCUGCUGUGACCCGUGCCAGAAGCCCUGCUGUGACCCGUGCCAGACAACUGUCUGCUGCGACCCGUGCCAGAAGCCCUGCUGUGACCCGUGCCAGCAGUCUGUCUGCUGCGACCCGUGCCAGAAGCCCUGCUGUGACCCAUGCCAGCAGUCCUGCUGUGACCCAUGCCAGAAGCCCUGCUGUGACCCAUGCCAGCAGUCUGUCUGCUGUGACCCGUGCCAGCAGUCCUGCUGUGACCCGUGCCAGCAGCCCGUCUGCUGUACCAAGGUGUGCCAGCCAUCCGUCUGCUGCUGUGGCCAGCGACCCUGCUGCUGCUGUGGCUGCCGUCCCUGCUGCUGCUCUGGAUGUCAGUCUUGCUGCUCCUACGUGGUGAAGAAGAAGCCCGUCAUGGUGUGCUGCAGCCCCGUGCAGUGCUGCUCUCCCAUGAGGAAGUAUUGCAUCCCCAUCCAGCAGUGCUGCGCCGCAAUCAAGAAGCGCUGCUGA